AUGGCGGCGCCCGUGUGCGGCAAGGGGCUCGGGCUGCGGGUGCUGUCCUGGAGCCGAGCGCUGCCGGGUGCCUGGCGCGCCCUGCACGUCUCCGCGGCCUGUGCCAAGAAUCGGGCGGCCCGGGUCCGAGUGGGCAAAGGGGACAAGCCCGUGACCUACGAGGAGGCGCACGCGCCUCACUACAUCGCCCACCGCAAGGGCUGGCUGUCGCUGCACACAGGUAACCUGGAUGGGGAGGACCACGCCGCAGAGCGAACAGUGGAGGAUGUUUUUCUUCGCAAGUUUAUGCAUGGUACCUUUCCCGGCUGCCUGGCUGACCAGCUUGUCCUGAAGCGCCGGGCUAACCAGGUGGAGAUCUGUGCUCUGGUGCUGAGACAGCUGCCAGCACACAAGUUCUACUUCCUCGUGGGCUAUAGUGAGACCCUGCUGUCCCACUUCUACAAGUGCCCUGUGCGAGUGCACCUCCAGACUGUGCCCUCCAAGGUGGUGUACAAGUACAUCUAG